AGACACAGCAUUUUGAACAACAAUGGAAUCGAGCGUUGUUUCACUCCCUUCUUAUUUUAUAUAGAACCUAAAUACGAAGUUAGGUUCGGAGGGUCUCCAUAGGUGGCUGGAAGAAGUAAGCCUCAAGUUGGCAUCUUGUGCUAGACGGGGCAAAUAAAGGGCAGGAUGGAUUCAAUGGAUUACAAUGGAGUUGUUAAUUAGAAAUUUGAUCACGUGAGCGUUCCGUGACCCCGACACGGAUGGCUGCACUGGUGACUGUUAGAACAUCUUGUGACAAGAGCGUGUUCUUAUGCAUGGUUACUGUAACAUCACGGCAUCAAAUUAUUCCAGCUGGUAGUAUAGUGCUCGAAACCUUCGCUGAUAUUGAUAGCAAUGGAAGAGUAUAAAGUCCAGUUCUUAGAGAGAGCAGUUCAGCUCAGUAAAGAAGGUUCCGACCAGGGUCUUGGAACGCCAUUCGGGGCAGUCAUUACCAAAGACAACAAGAUCAUAGCCGAGACUGCAAAUCUCUCGUUCGUGAAUUGCGACCCCACUGCACACGCUGAAGUAUCCGCCAUUCGCCAGGCCUGCUCUGCUCUCAAGUCACGGGAUCUAACGGGAUGUGAUCUGUACACAAGUUGUUACCCUUGUGCAAUGUGCAUGGCCGCCAUCUACUGGGCAAGUAUAAGCAAGGUGUAUUAUGCAGCCCCUAAAGAAUCAUUUCCCGAGGGACUGGACAGACUGGAAGCGACCUUGAUACCUGAGUUGAACAAGCCAGACAGUGAAAAAUCCAUACCAGUAAUUCACGUCCCUGCUCUGGCACAGGAUGCCCAACGUGUGGCCGAAGAGUGGUUUGUCAAGCGUUAGGUGAAUCGGCAAAACACCAAUAAGAGAAAACAUUUUAUCUUUUGCGACUACGCAAAAAAGCACAUACAUUUUUUAAAGAAUUUGUUUGUAAGUAUGGCAUCUCUAUUCAAGUAUAAAAUAAAAAAAAAUGCUCACUA